AUGACGGUCAUCCACUCACCAUACCCAGACAUCAUCAUACCGGAGCUCUCCCUGCCUCAGUUCCUGACUGCCGGCACUGAUCUCUUCCCAGAGGACAAGAAAUUGUUCUUCAACGACGAUAUCUCUGCUAGCUUGUCAGACAUCAAGGAUGGCUCGCACCGUCUUGCGCUUGGCCUGAGAGCCCAAGGAUACAAGAAAGGAGAUGUCAUCGCUUUCUUUGCACCCAACCAGGUUGAUAUGCCUACAGUCUCGCUUGGACUGCUUGCCUGCCCGGUCACCAUCACGCCGGCUAAUCCUACAUACCCCGUCGAGGAUCUUGCGCAUCAGCUCGAAGUGUCGGGCGCAAAGGCUAUGUUCACGGUCAACGCUCUGCUCGGGCCAGCCCGAGAAGCCGCGACUAAAGCCGGCAUGGACACUAGCAAGAUCUUUGUCUUUGAUCGCAAAGGGGAAGACGGAGCGCAAAGCUGGGCAGAGCUGCAAGCUCCGGAGUCCGAACUUGCCAGCUUUGACUAUGGCAAAGUAGACCCAAAGAAUGACGUGGCAUUUAUUUGCUUCAGCUCGGGCACAAGCGGCAAGCCGAAAGGUGUCAUGCUCAGUCACUACAAUAUCGUUUCCAAUGUCAUGCAGACAGAAGUCCUCACCGCAGAAUCAUUCACACAGGCAGAUAGUCACAUCGGUCUCUUGCCCCAAUAUCACUGCUAUGCUAUUCUCAUCACCUACCUCAGCUUGCACAAGGGCGUCGCGCAGUAUGUCAUGGCCAAAUUUGACCUAACAAAGUUCCUUUCCAUCCUCGAAGAGCACAAGAUGACCUUUACGUUCAUCGCACCACCUGUGGUACUUGCAAUUGCAAAGUCACCAGAAACAAAGAAGAGGGAUCUGUCUUGCCUUCGUCGACUGAGCUCGGGCGCUGCACCUUUGUCGGAAGGCCUCAGGCGGACGCUGCUCUCCGUCCUACCUCAUGUCGUUCUCACAGAUGGAUAUGGCCAGACAGAAAUGUCGCCUCUCAUAGCGGUACAACAGAUCGCAGAUACGGCUCACUCGCUCAAGAGCUGUGGUCCCCUCGCGCCCAAUCAUCUCGCGAAGAUCGUUGAUGAUCACGGCAAGGCACUCGGUCGAAAUGAAGAUGGCGAGCUGCUCAUCAAGGGGCCCAACAUGAUGCUGGGGUACCUGGGAGGCAACAACGACGGCGUCUGGGACGGAGAAGGCUUCCUCAGAACGGGCGAUAUUGGUCACUUCGACGACCGAGAUCGAUUGAUCCUGACGGACCGUAAGAAGUCCCUCAUCAAGUACAAAGGCUUCCAAGUCUCUGCGGCCGAGCUCGAAGACUACCUCGUCUCGCUGCCCGAAGUCUCGGAUGCCGCCGUGGUGGGUGUCUAUUCAGAAGCUCAGGCGACCGAACUGCCGUGCGGCUUCGUCGUCCCUGCACCUGGCGUAGAUCGCACAGAAGAAAACAAGAAGAAGAUCAUCGAUACUGUCGGAGGUAGAGUCGCAUACUACAAGAAGCUGCGCGCAGGCAUCGUCUGGGUUGACGCUAUACCCAAGAAUCCAUCUGGCAAGAUUCUUCACAGGAUGCUUCGUCCUCAGUGUCCUCAGGUCGAGUAG